CAUUCAGAAAUUGGCGUGGGAAAGAUCAACGUAACACAUUUAGCCUUUAAUUUAUAACUUAACUGAAGCAAUAAUAAAUAAAAGGAAGGCAAGAAUUUAGUGGCUGAUAUCUGCUGCAGGCUUUUUGCUAAAUAGUCAUCGUAAAAAUGAUGAACACAAAUUCAAUAAUGGAGAAAUAUCUCGAGCAACUGGUUGAAAUGACCAAGAACAAGAAGGAGGGAGACGAGCAGUUUCAGCAACAGUUUCUUGUAAAGACUGAAAGAAACAGCAGCCUGCUGGAUGAAAUGACCAAGAGCCAGCAAGAGGGAACCCAUCAGCUUCAGCAACUGAUUCUGGAAAUGGUGGAAAUGAACAAAAGACAGCUGGCUGAAAUGAAUAAGGACCAGCAAGAGGGAACCCAUCAGCUUCAGCAACUGAUUCUGGAAAUGGUGGAGAUGAACAAAAGACAGCUGGCUGAAAUGAAAAAGGACCAGAAAGAGGGAACCCAUCAACUUCAACAACUGAUACAAGAAAUGGUUGAAAUGAACAAGAAACUGCAAGAGGAAACCGAUCAUCUUAAGCAACAGUUUUUUGGAAUGCAAGAUGAGCAAAGAGAGAUACUAAAUGUCUUAGAUAAUCUACAGCAUAAAAUGAGACCCCGGGUCACAGUGGUUCCCAGUGUCAGCACUAAACCUGUGGAAGAUUCCAGCGCUUCAGGUGACAGUGUGAUCGAAGCAGCAACUGGAGCAAUAAUGGUACAAGACAGUGACACUGAUGGUGAAGAAACAAGCGAGGGUGGUGUGGCUCCUGCCAAUGAAAGACGAAUUCUUCCAUCCCGGACUGUGAAAAGCUUCACCGUUAAAAGUUCAGGUAUUGACAAGCUUGGGUCACAGAGUUGGUUGCACAAGAGACAGAAAGGUACUCAGAAGAAAGUACAAGAUUUUCUGUCAGAAGCAAUUGAAAAACUCUUCAGAGAAAACAAACUCCCCAUUAUCUGUAAGAAAACGAAAGGAAUUCUCAACAAAAAUAACCUGACCAAAAAAGGUUCCCGGUCUGUUUGGUCUAACGGAGUGUGGCUCUUCGCUGUUGAAUUUGAAAUUUUAUCUGGAUGGAAAAAUUCAAAAAAUUGGAAGAAGAGCAUUUAUAUUGACAUGGAAGAGGUGAAGAAAAAUUCAAAUGGACCUUGUGGGCAAAACAAUAGUCGAAGAAUAUAUCUGUAUGACUUUUUUAAGCAAAUAAAAUUUUUUCCUGCUUCGCAGCAAGUGGACAAAUUACACAUUAGGAAAUAUCAACAUUUAUUUCAACAAUGAAGAUCACUUGGAUGCGUGAAAUUUUCUUCUCCUUUCCUCUUGUUGUUUUACACCUAAAAUAAAACAAUCUUCUUCUUUUGGCUGCUCCCGUUAGGGGUUGCCACAGCGGAUCAUCUUCUUCCAUAUCUUUCUGUUCUCUGCAUUUUGCACUGUCACACUCAUCACCUACAUGUCACCACAUCCAUAAACCUUCUCUUAGGCCUUCCUCUUUUCAUCUUCCCUGGCAGCUCUAUCCUUACCAUCCUCCUCCCAAUAUACCCAGCAUCUCUCCUCUGCACAUGUCCAAACCAAUGCAGUCUCGCCUCUCUGACUUUGUCCCCCAACCGUCCAACUUCCGCUGACCCUCUGAUGUCCUCAAUUCUAAUCCUGUCCAUCCUCGUCACACCCAAUGCAAAUCUUAGCGUCUUUAAUUCUGCCACCUCCAGCUCUGUCUCCUGCUUUCUGGUCAGUGCCAUCGUCUCAAAUCAUUUAACAUAGCUGGUCUCACUACCGUCCUGUAGACCUUCCCUUUCACUCUUGCUGAUAUCCGUCUGUCACAGAUUACUCCUGACACUCUUUUCUACCCAUUCCACCCUGCCUACACUCUCUUUUUCACCUCUCUUCCACAAUCCCCAUUACUCUGUACUGUUGAUCCCAAGUAUUUAAACUUAUCCACCUUCACCAACUCUACUCCCUCAUCCUCACCAUUCCACUAACCUCCCUCUCAUUCACACACAUGUAUUCUGUCUUGUUCCUACUGACCUUCAUUCCUCUGCUCUCUAGAGCAUAUCUCCACCUCUCCAGGGUCUCCUCAACCUGCUCCCUACUAUUGCUACAGAUCAGAAUGUCAUCAGCAAACAUCAUAGUCCACGGGGACACCGGUCUAAUCUGGUCUAUCAACCUGUCCAUCAUCAAUGCAAAUAAGAAAGGCCUCAGAGCCAAUUUUGAGGUUAGAAGUUUUGAUGACAUAUAAAUCAUUUUUGAUCCAAGCUAAGACAUGAGUUCUCUUUUCACAGCCAACCUAAACCUGAAAAUUUUUGGAUCAUACGAUAAUCUCAAAUAAACAAAUGCAAUUUUUUUAUGGCCA